AGAUGAAUGGAAGAACAAUCUUAAGAGCUGUCGUCCACAAACAACAACAACAACGUAGUAGCUGGUUCCUCUGUUUCUCAACCUCAAUCUCCUACCACGUAGGAACCUGCAUUACCUCACUUCAAUCAUGUGCCCACAGCGUAAAUCUCUGCAAAGGCAAGCAACUCCAUUCCCACUUGCUCAAAAGUGGUUUCUUUGCAUCCGCACUUACCAUCACAAGCCUCAUUAACAUGUACUCCAAGUGCAACCUCAUGGAUCAUGCCCUCGGAGUCUUCAACUACCCCACCCAUCUUGACAAAAAUGUCUUUGCCUACAAUGCAAUCAUUGCUGGAUUCGUUGCAAAUGGCCUUUCCCAACGUGGAUUUGGUCUUUAUAGGCAAAUGCGGGAUCUGGGUAUUGUUCCUGAUAAGUUCACCUUCCCAUGUGUCAUCAGAGCCUGUGCUGAUGCUGCGAUGGAUUUGGAGGUUAAGAAGAUUCAUGGGUUGUUGUUCAAACUUGGGUUGGAAUUGGAUGUGUUUGUUGGCAGUGCUUUGGUUAGUACUUACUUGAAAUUCGGAUUCUUGGUGGAGGCACAUGAGGUGUUUGAGGAAUUACCUGCUAGAGAUGUGGUGCUUUGGAACUCAAUGGUUAAUGGGUAUGCACAGAUUGGGAGGUUUGAGGAGGCUCUGGGGGUGUUUAGGAGGAUGGGGGGAAAAGGGGUAGUUCCUUGUAGAUAUGCAGUUACUGGUGUUUUGUCUAUAUUUUCUGUGAGUGGAGAUUUUGACAAUGGAAGAGCUGUUCAUGGGUUUGCGACAAAAUUGGGUUAUGACUCCAGUGUUGUUGUUUCAAAUGCACUGAUUGAUAUGUAUGGAAAAUGUAAAUGUGUUACAGAUGCCUUGAAUUUAUUUGAGGCGAUGAAUGAGAAGGAUAUUUUUUCAUGGAACUCGAUCAUAUCGGCUCCUGAACGGUGUGGGGAUCAUUAUGGAACUUUGAGGCUCUUUGAUAGGAUGCUAGGAAACAGGGUUCAGCCUGAUUUGGUUACAGUUACAACAGUAUUGCGAGCUUGUACACAUCUAGCGGCCUUGAUGCAUGGUAGAGAAAUACAUGGAUACAUGAUUGUAAAUGGGUUGGGGAAGGAGGAAAGUUACAAUGGUUUUGGUUAUGUUCUAUUGAACAAUGCUUUGAUGGACAUGUAUGCAAAAUGCGGAAACAUGAGAGAUGCUCGCAUGGUUUUUGAUUAUAUGAGAGACAAGGACGUCGCCUCAUGGAACAUCAUGAUCACAGGGUAUGGGAUGCAUGGUUAUGGUGAUGAGGCAUUAGAUACAUUUUCUCGUAUGUGUCAAGCUAAUAUGGUCCCUAAUGAAGUCAGUUUUGUUGGAUUGUUAUCCGCAUGCAGCCAUGCUGGCAUGGUGAUUGAGGGGCUUGAGUUUCUGUCAGGAAUGGAGUCAAAAUAUGGUGUUUCUCCAUCUCUUGAACACUACACCUGUGUGAUUGACAUGCUUUGUCGAGCAGGGCAGCUCAUGGAGGCUUACGAUUUAGUGCGAUCAAUGCCCUUUAAAGCUGAUCCUGUAGGAUGGAGGUCUUUGCUUACAGCAUGCCAUCUUUACAAGGAGACAGACUUGGCUGAGAUUGCUGCUAGUAAGGUUAUUGAACUUGAGCCAGGCCAUUGUGGAAAUUAUGUAUUAAUGUCAAAUGCUUAUGGUGUCAUUGGGCGAUACGAAGAAGUAUCAGAGGUGAGGCAUACAAUGAGGCAACAAAAUGUGAAGAAGAGACCAGGCUGUAGCUGGAUUGAGCUUUUGAAUGGUGUGCAUGUUUUUAUAACUGGUGAUAGGACUCAUCCCCAAACUGACUUUAUUUAUGCUGCCUUAAAUUCAUUGACAGCAGUUCUACAACAAGAGCAUGGGCAUGUCCCCUUUAUGUAGCAUUUGGUUUGCUAGGAGAGUUGGGCAUGAUCCAUGCUGCCUUUAUUAUUGGGAUGGAUAUGUGGUGGAGGUAGAUCAGUAAAGCCCUGGCCAUUCUAUCUCAAGAUGAAGCAACCUUGGUUUACCAUCCAAUAAAUUGCAGAAAUUUA